CACAGUCCCCGCGCGCUGCACGGAGCCGGAGGGAGCGCAGCGAGCGGGCGAGCGAGCGCUGGGAGGCGGGUUCAGCAGAGGGGGCGCCCGGCCGCUGCCUGCGCUCCGGCCGGUCUCUACCCAGCUCCGGGGCCGGAGAGGAGCAAGAAGCAAACCAAGAGUCCACGAGCGGAGCCGGGAGAGCCCGCGGCGGAGGCGCCAGUCCCACUCCGCCGCCUCCCGUGCAAGCCGGGGAGCGAUCGCUCACCGCCCCGCCGGCCCGGAGCCCGUCACCCCGGUCCUGGCUGUCCCAGGGAUGGUCUAAGAGCCUGAGAGGGGCUCGCUGCUCUGCUCCGCUCCCGGGCUCUCCGCCUCCUACCGACCGCUCCCGGCUGCGCGCCCCGCCGGCCCAGGCCGGAGAAGUUAGUUGUUGCGCGCCGCUUAGCGCGCGAGCCAGCGGACGAGCGAAGAGAAGGCGGCGUAGCGCCGGGACCAUGCACUGGGGCUGGGGGAGCCGCUGCUGCCGCCCGGGACGGCGGGACCUGCUGUGCGUGCUGGCACUGCUCGCCGGCUGUCUGCUCCCGGUGUGCCGGACGCGCAUCUACACCAACCACUGGGCAGUGAAGAUCGCCGGCGGCUUCCCGGAGGCAGAUCGCAUAGCCAGCAAGUAUGGAUUCAUCAACGUAGGACAGAUCGGUGCGCUGAAGGACUACUAUCACUUCUACCAUAGUAGGACCAUCAAAAGGUCUGUUCUCUCAAGCAGAGGAACCCACAGUUUCAUAUCAAUGGAACCAAAGGUGGAGUGGAUCCAACAGCAAGUGGUGAAAAAACGAACCAAGAGGGAUUAUGACCUCAGCCGUGCCCAGUCGACCUACUUCAACGAUCCCAAGUGGCCAAGUAUGUGGUACAUGCACUGCAGUGACAACACCCAUCCUUGCCAGUCAGACAUGAAUAUUGAAGGAGCCUGGAAGAGAGGCUACACGGGGAAGAACAUCGUGGUGACUAUCCUGGAUGAUGGCAUCGAGAGAACCCACCCCGAUCUAAUGCAAAACUACGAUGCUCUGGCAAGUUGCGAUGUGAAUGGGAAUGACUUGGACCCGAUGCCUCGUUAUGAUGCAAGCAAUGAGAACAAGCAUGGGACGCGCUGUGCCGGAGAAGUGGCAGCCACUGCAAACAACUCUCAUUGCACUGUUGGGAUCGCUUUCAACGCCAAGAUUGGAGGUGUGAGAAUGCUGGAUGGUGAUGUCACUGACAUGGUGGAAGCAAAGUCUGUCAGCUACAACCCCCAGCAUGUGCACAUCUACAGUGCCAGCUGGGGCCCAGAUGAUGAUGGCAAGACUGUGGAUGGGCCAGCUCCCCUCACCCGGCAAGCCUUUGAGAACGGUGUGAGAAUGGGGCGGAGAGGCCUUGGCUCUGUGUUUGUGUGGGCAUCUGGCAAUGGUGGACGGAGCAAGGACCACUGUUCUUGUGAUGGCUAUACCAACAGCAUCUAUACCAUCUCCAUCAGCAGUACAGCCGAAAGUGGAAAGAAACCUUGGUACUUGGAAGAGUGUUCAUCUACACUGGCCACAACCUACAGCAGUGGAGAAUCCUAUGAUAAGAAAAUAAUCACUACUGAUCUAAGGCAGCGAUGCACAGACAAUCACACUGGAACAUCAGCCUCAGCCCCGAUGGCUGCUGGCAUCAUCGCCCUGGCCCUGGAAGCCAAUCCGUUUCUGACCUGGAGAGACGUACAGCAUGUUAUUGUCAGGACUUCCCGUGCGGGACAUUUGAACGCUAAUGACUGGAAAACCAAUGCUGCUGGUUUUAAGGUGAGCCAUCUCUAUGGAUUUGGACUGAUGGAUGCAGAAGCCAUGGUGAUGGAGGCAGAGAAGUGGACAACUGUCCCUCAGCAGCACGUGUGUGUGGAGAGCACGGACCGACAAAUCAAGACCAUCCGCCCAAACAGUGCAGUGCGCUCCAUCUACAAAGCCUCAGGCUGCUCGGAUAAUCCCAACCAUCACGUCAAUUACCUGGAGCACGUAGUUGUGCGUAUUACCAUCACACACCCACGGAGGGGUGACCUGGCCAUCUACCUGACCUCACCUUCAGGAACCAGAUCCCAGCUUCUGGCCAACAGGCUAUUUGAUCAUUCCAUGGAAGGGUUUAAGAACUGGGAGUUCAUGACCAUUCAUUGCUGGGGAGAACGGGCUGCUGGGGACUGGGUGCUUGAAGUUUAUGAUACUCCAUCUCAGCUGAGGAACUUCAAGACUCCAGGUAAAUUGAAAGAAUGGUCCUUAGUCCUCUAUGGAACAUCUGUACAGCCAUACUCCCCAACCAACGAGUUUCCCAAAGUGGAACGCUUCCGCUACAGCCGAGUGGAAGACCCCACAGAGGACUAUGGUGCUGAAGAUUAUGCAGGUCCCUGUGACCCUGAAUGCAGUGAGGUUGGAUGUGACGGGCCAGGACCAGAUCACUGCAGUGACUGUUUACACUACUACUACAAGCUGAAAAAUAACACCAGAAUCUGUGUCUCCAGCUGCCCUCCUGGCCACUUCCAUGCUGACAAGAAGAGGUGCCGGAAGUGUGCCCCCAACUGCGAAUCCUGCUUCGGCAGUCAUGGUGAUCAGUGCCUGUCCUGUAAAUAUGGCUACUUCCUGAAUGAAGAAACUAGCAGCUGUGUUACUCAGUGCCCGGAUGGGUCAUACCAGGAUAUCAAGAAAAAUGUUUGUGGGAAAUGCAGUGAGAACUGUAAGAUGUGCACAGGACUUCACAACUGCACAGAGUGCAAGGGCGGGUUAAGCCUUCAGGGAUCCCGCUGUUCGGUCACCUGUGAAGAUAAACAGUUCUUCAACGGUCAUGAUUGCCAGCCCUGCCACCGCUUCUGUGCCACCUGCGCUGGGGCCGGAGCAGAUGGAUGUAUUAACUGCACCGAGGGGUAUGUCAUGGAAGAGGGAAGGUGUGUACAGAGUUGUAGUGUGAGCUACUACUUGGACCACUCUUCAGAGGGAGGCUACAAAUCCUGCAAGAGAUGUGAUAACAGCUGUUUGACAUGCAAUGGCCCAGGAUUCAAGAACUGUUCCAGCUGCCCCAGUGGGUAUCUUUUAGACUUAGGAACGUGUCAGAUGGGAGCCAUCUGCAAGGAUGGAGAAUAUAUUGAUGAGCAAGGCCACUGCCAAACCUGUGAAGCCUCAUGUGCCAAGUGCUGGGGACCAACUCAGGAAGACUGUAUCAGCUGCCCCAUAACAAGGGUCUUCGAUGAUGGUCGCUGUGUUAUGAACUGUCCUUCAUGGAAGUUUGAAUUUAAGAAGCAAUGCCAUCCAUGCCACCACACUUGCCAAGGAUGCCAAGGAAGUGGGCCUUCCAACUGCACCUCCUGUGGAGCAGACAAGCAUGGUCAGGAGCACUUCCUGUACCAGGGGGAGUGCCUGGAGAACUGCCCUGUGGGCCACUAUCCUGCCAAGGGACAUGCCUGCCUACCCUGCCCAGACAACUGUGAGCUUUGCUACAACCCACACGUCUGCAGUCGAUGCAUGAGUGGCUAUGUCAUCAUGCCCACCAACCACACCUGCCAGAAGCUGGAGUGCGGAAAAGGUGAAUUCCAGGAUUCUGAGUAUGAAGAAUGCAUGCCCUGUGAGGAAGGAUGCCUGGGAUGCACUGUGGAUGAUCCAGGAGCCUGUACCUCGUGUGCUACAGGAUAUUACAUGUUUGAGCAGCAUUGCUAUAAAGCCUGCCCUGAGAAGACCUUCGGUGAGAAAUGGGAAUGCAGAGCCUGUGGCACUAACUGUGGCAGCUGCGACCAACAUGAGUGCUACUGGUGUGAGGAGGGCUUCUUUCUCUUGGGUGGCAGCUGUGUGCAGGAUUGUGGCCCUGGCUUCUAUGGAGACCAAGAGUUGGGAGAAUGCAAGCCCUGCCACCGAGCCUGUGAGACUUGCACCGGCUUGGGACACAACCAAUGCAGCAGCUGUCAAGAAGGGUUGCAGCUAUGGCAUGGGGCGUGUGUCUGGCCUACCUGGCCCCACGUGGAAGGCAAGGUCUGGAAUGAUGCAACGAGUCAAUAUCAACCUUGUCACUCUUUUUGUAAAACCUGCAAUGGAUCUCUCUGCACUUCGUGUCCGACAGGUAUGUACCUGUGGAUGCAGGCCUGUGUUCCUUCCUGUCCCCAAGGCACUUGGCCAUCAGUCACCAGUGGCAGCUGUGAAAAGUGUGCGGAGGACUGUGCCUCCUGCUCUGGUGCCGACCUUUGCCAACAGUGCCUGAGUCAGCCGGACAACACUCUGCUCCUCCACGAGGGCAGGUGCUACCACAGUUGCCCAGAGGGCUUUUAUGCAAAAGAUGGUGUUUGUGAACACUGUAGAUCCCCUUGCAAAACAUGUGAAGGAAAUGCCACCAGUUGUCACUCUUGUGAAGGAGACUUCGUCCUAGACCAUGGGGUUUGCUUGGAAACUUGCCCUGAAAAGCAUGUGGCCAUGGAAGGGGUCUGCAAGCAGUGUCCCGAGAGGUGCCAGGACUGCAUCCAUGAGGAAACGUGCAAAGAGUGCAUGCCUGACUUCUUUCUAUACAAUGACAUGUGCCAUCGUUCCUGCCCCAAGAGCUUCUAUCCUGACAUGGGGCAAUGUGUCCCCUGCCAUAAAAACUGUCUGGAAUGCAAUGGUCCCAAGGAGGAUGACUGUAAGGUCUGUGCUGAUAGUUCUAAGGUUCUCCACAAUGGAUUGUGCUUGGAUGAGUGUCCUGAGGGAACCUACAAAGAAGAAGAGAAUGAUGAAUGCAGAGAUUGCCCGGAGUCCUGCCUGAUUUGCUCAUCAGCUUGGACCUGCCUGGCCUGUCAGGAAGGCUUCACAGUAGUGCAUGAUGUCUGCACAGCACCCAAGGAGUGUGCAGCUGUCGAGUACUGGGAUGAGGGCUCCCACAGGUGCCAGCCGUGUCACAGAAAGUGCUCCCGCUGCUCAGGGCCUUCUGAGGACCAGUGCUAUACCUGUCCCAGAGAGACUUUUCUUCUCAACACGACCUGUGUGAAAAAGUGCCCAGAGGGCUACCAUACUGACAAGGACAGCCAGCAGUGUGUGCUCUGCCACAGCUCUUGCAGGACCUGCGAAGGACCACAAAGCAUGCAGUGCCUCUCCUGCCAACCUGGCUGGUUUCAACUGGGCAAGGAGUGCUUGCUGCAGUGCAGGGAUGGAUAUUAUGGAGAAAGCAGCAGUGGUCGGUGUGAGAAGUGUGACAAGAGCUGCAAGUCAUGCCGGGGCCCAGGGCCCACAGACUGCCAGUCUUGCGAUACAUUUUUCUUUCUCUUACGCUCCAAGGGACAGUGUCACCGCGCCUGCCCCGAGCACUACUAUGCAGACCAACACACACAGACCUGUGAGAGAUGCCAUCCAACUUGUGACAAAUGCAGUGGAAAGGAGGCAUGGAGUUGCUUGUCCUGUGUGUGGAGCUACCACCUUCUGAAAGGAAUUUGUAUCCCAGAAUGUAUUGUAGGAGAAUACAGAGAUGGCAAGGGAGAAAACUUUAACUGUAAAAAAUGCCAUGAGAGCUGCACGGAAUGCAAGGGUCCCAGCAGCAAGAACUGCACAGGGUGCUCAGCUAGCCUGCUGCUGAACAUGGACGACAACCGCUGCCUCCAUUGCUGCAAUGCCUCCCACGCCCACAGAUCCCAGGACUGCUGUGACUGCCAGAGUUCCACAGAUGAGUGCAUUCUUCCAGCCAGCGAGGCUGAGUUCUAUGAGCACACCAAGACUGCUCUGCUGGCAACCUCAGGCACCAUGCUGCUGUUGCUGCUGGGGGCUGCUGUGGUCGUGUGGCGGAAGUCCCGAAGCCGACCUGUGGCAAAGGGGCUCUAUGAAAAGCUGUCAGAGCCCACGGUGUCAUACUCCUCCUACAGGAGCAGUUAUCUUGAUGAAGACCAGGUGAUUGAGUACAGGGACCGGGACUACGAUGAGGAUGACGAGGACGACAUCGUCUAUAUGGGCCAAGAUGGCACUGUCUACCGGAAGUUCAAGUAUGGCCUGCUGGAUGAGACGGAAGAUGAUGAGUUGGAGUACGAUGAUGAGAGCUACUCUUACCAAUAA